AUGGUGAGUACUUCUCAAAAUUCGCUGCUGACCACGAAAAUCUUGAGGAUUGCCAGAAGGCUUACUAAUUGUGAUGGCGACUUGAAAGUUGGAGCUGGUAAUGCCAUUUUUACUGCAGAGUGCUAUAAUUUCAAUUGCAUCAGAACAUAUGUCAAGUAUGGAAACCCCAUUUGUCCAACUGGUGAUGCUAAAUGGAAGGAUAUUCCUUCCGUUGGCCCUGCACCAGCCGCAUUACGGCCGCGUAUUCCUAAACGAAGAAUUCAUAAUCGGGUCAUUUCUGAGCCACUUGUCUACAAUGACGACGAUCCCAUAGAUUUCCAAUCCAACUUUUCAUCUAACAACAAUUCUAUUAUCAGGUCCAUAGAUAUCAAAACACACACUGAAUUCCCAGCAGUCCCGCUGUCAGUUUCGCAAGAAAACUUCCAUAUACUCGUCAAUCUCAAAUCUAAUCUUACUGGUAAUAGUGAUACUUGUCGUACACCAAUUUACCUCGUCACGGUUCUUGAUAUAAAUAGUAGCAUGCGAGGUGAAAAAAUUCAGUUGUUAAAGGGAGCCAUGAGGUUUGUGAUACAAAACCUUGGCCCUUCUGACAGAUUAUCUGUAAUUAGCUUCUCAUCUGAUGCCCAUCGCCUCUUCCCCCUUCUCCUCAUGACUGAUUCUGGUAAACAACGUGCACUACAAGCUUUGAAUUCUUUGUUUGCUUCUAGUAUGACAAACAUCGUAGAAGGACUCAAGAAAGGCACAAAGGUUAUUGAAGAUCGAAGGACACAGAGUUCGAAGGGAACUUUUUCUUUUAUCGAAGCUGAAAGAGUAAUACAAGAAGCAUUUCCUCAACGUAUUGGUGGUCUCCUUAGUGUAGUUUUGCAAGACUUGCAAGUACACAUUCAAUCGCUUGACCCUCAUCUUUGCAUUAGUCAACUAAAAGCAGGGGGUUAUUCCACUUCUUUGACAGGCGAGAACCAAGUAGGAUCUGUCGACAUCGGGGAUUUGUAUGCAAAUGAAGAGAGGGAUUUUCUCGUGCUUGUUAACCUUCCAGUUGCAACUGAUGGGAAUUCCAACGAUCAGAUGAAGUUGGUUAGUGUGUGGUGUGUUUACAAAGAUCCUUUUAUUAAAGAACCUGUCACUACUGAAGCUAUACAAGUGAAACUUCAAAGACCCGAAAUCGUUAAUGAAGAUAUGGCUGUUUCUAUAGAGGUUGAUAGGCAGAAGAAUCGGAUACAGAUUUCAGAAACUGCCUCUGCACACGCCGGUGACACAUUUUCUGCUGAUUUAGAUGUAGAGCUUGAAGAGGUAAGAUCGAGGAUGGUAAACAAGAAAACAUAUGAGAGAGCAGGAAGGGGAUAUCUACUUUCAGGAAUGAGGGCACAUUCGAGACAAACGGCUGCAACUCGAGGAGUUUCUGUUGGCAGUAUGUACGACACAGAUUGUAUGCGUGGAAUGGUUAAUAGAUCUCGUGCUACUGACAAGACAGACAAAAAAUAG